AGUGCGGGGUCCCGGCACCGCGGCACUCGGGUUUUGUUUGGGUCCUGGGUGGAGGACCCGGGUGCCGGGGCCCGAGGUGCCGCCUCGCUAGCGGGAGAGGGAGCGGGAGCACCGGCCCGGAGAGAGCUCUCAGGGCCAGAGUGGGGCAAGAGGAUGCUUUCCCAGCCCCACCAUGGAGCUGCGCUGUGGGGGAUUGCUGUUCAGUUCUCGCUUUGAUUCAGGGAACCUAGCCCAUGUGGAAAAGGUGGAAUCUGUGUCUAGUGAUGGGGAAGGAGUAGGAGUAGGAGGAGGGGCAUCGGCCCCCACAGUUAGCAUUGCUUCUUCCCCUGACUACGAGUUCAACGUGUGGACCCGACCAGACUGUGCUGAAACCGAAUUUGAGAACGGGAACAGGUCAUGGUUUUACUUCAGUGUCCGGGGAGGAACUCCAGGGAAACUCAUCAAGAUCAACAUUAUGAACAUGAACAAGCAAAGCAAACUUUAUUCCCAGGGUAUGGCCCCCUUUGUGCGCACACUGCCCUACCGGCCACGCUGGGAACGCAUUCGAGACCGGCCAACCUUUGAAAUGACAGAGACACAGUUUGUGUUAUCCUUUGUUCACCGUUUUGUGGAGGGCCGUGGGGCCACCACCUUCUUCGCCUUCUGCUACCCCUUCUCCUACAGUGACUGCCAGGAUUUGUUAAACCAACUAGACCAGCGCUUUCUGGAGAACCACCCUACCCAUAACAGCCCCCUGGAUACCAUCUAUUACCACCGGGAGCUCCUUUGCUAUUCUCUGGAUGGACUUCGUGUAGAUCUGUUAACAAUCACUUCCUGCCAUGGGCUUCGAGAAGAUCGAGAGCCCCGCCUAGAGCAGCUGUUUCCUGAUACCAGCACCCCCCGACCAUUCCGUUUUACAGGCAAGAGGAUCUUCUUCUUAAGCAGCAGAGUACACCCUGGGGAGACUCCAUCUAGCUUUGUCUUCAAUGGCUUUUUGGACUUCAUCCUUCGACCCGAUGACCCCCGGGCCCAAACCCUACGCCGCCUUUUUGUAUUUAAGCUGAUUCCCAUGUUGAAUCCUGAUGGUGUGGUCCGGGGCCACUACCGCACUGAUUCACGGGGAGUGAAUCUGAACCGUCAGUACCUGAAGCCUGAUGCUGUCCUGCACCCGGCCAUCUUUGGGGCUAAAGCUGUGCUUCUUUACCACCAUGUGCACUCUCGUCUGAACUCCCAGAGUUCCUCUGAACACGAGCCCAGUCCCCGCCUCCCUUGUGAUGCUCCUCUUUCUGAUCUUGAGAAAGCCAACAAUCUCCAUAAUGAAAGUCGCCUUGGACAGUUAUCUGACAGUGAUAACCCUGAGACCUGGAUCCAGGCAGAGCCAGUGGAACAGAAGGCCAACAGUGAGUGGAUUAUGCCAGAACAGUCUACUGAACUUGAGGCACCAGCCCCUGACACAAUUCCCCCCAAAGAGAGUGGUGUUGCUUACUAUGUGGACCUGCACGGACAUGCUUCCAAAAGGGGCUGCUUCAUGUACGGAAACAGCUUUAGUGAUGAGAGCACCCAGGUGGAAAACAUGCUAUAUCCAAAGCUCAUCUCCUUGAAUUCAGCCCACUUUGACUUCCAGGGCUGCAAUUUCUCAGAGAAAAAUAUGUACGCUCGAGACCGUAGAGAUGGCCAAUCCAAAGAGGGAAGCGGUCGUGUUGCAAUCUACAAAGCCUCAGGGAUAAUCCACAGCUACACACUUGAAUGCAACUACAACACUGGACGCUCAGUAAACAGCAUCCCUGCUGCCUGCCAUGACAAUGGGCGUGCCAGCCCUCCUCCCCCGCCAGCUUUCCCUUCCAGAUACACUGUGGAACUAUUUGAGCAGGUGGGACGAGCUAUGGCCAUUGCAGCUCUGGACAUGGCAGAAUGUAAUCCAUGGCCACGAAUUGUGCUGUCAGAGCACAGCAGCCUCACUAACCUACGGGCCUGGAUGCUAAAGCAUGUACGAAACACCCGAGGCCUCAGCAGCACUGUGAACAUGGGCAUCAGCAAGAAGAGAGGCUCUCGAACUCCACCCAAAAGUAACAAUGUAUUGCCCAUUUCCUGCUCUGAAAACACCUUGAGCCGGGCACGAAGUUUUAGCACUGGCACAAGUGCUGGUGGUAGCAGCAGCAGCCAACAGAAUUCUCCACAGAUGAAGAACUCCCCCAGCUUUCCUUUUCAUGGCAGUCGGCCUGCAGGGCUGCCAGGCCUGGGCUCUAGCACCCAAAAGGUCAACCACCGGGUGCUGGGUCCUGUCAGAGAGCCCCGAAGCCAGGACAGGAGACGGAGGCAACAGCCACUGAACCAUCGACCUCCUGCAAGCAGCCUGGCCCCAUCCCCAACUCCUGCUAGUACUGGCCCAGCCUCCUCACGCAACCUGGGCUCCUGCCUCCUGCCCAAUUCACUCAGUCUAUCAGGGAGCAGCUGCUCACUCUUAUCUUCAGGGGACAAGCCAGAGGCUGUCAUGGUGAUUGGGAAAGGUCUGCUAGGGGCUGGCGCUCGGAUCCCCUGCAUCAGGACUCGAUUGCAGACCUGCCCGAGGAGAGUUUCCGCCAGGAGGGGUCCCGGAUUCCCCAGGCUAGGCCCAGGUUGGGCCGGGGCUCACCGCCGACUUGCAGAGGGAUAAGAGGCUCUUCAGGCCCCACAUCCCCUAUCUCCAGGACCAGAGAAAGCAGUGAGCCAGAGCCGGGACCCCGUCCUGCUAUACCAGGGAUGCCUCAGGCCGGCCCCCCACGGCCCCGCUCUGCCCCUGCCUUUUCUCCUAUUUCCUGUACUCUAUCUGAUGUCCCAUCCCGGAUUUGUUACAGCAGGGGGCCCUUGGGCCAGCCUGAGGUUUGUUUUGUCCCUAAAUCUCCCCCACUCACCGUUUCUCCCCGGGUUUGAUAAUGCCUUUACUUCCAUGCCCAGGAUACGGUCCCAAAGUGGGGGAACACAGUGAGAAAUAUGAUAGUCCCCUCCUUGGGCUGCAGAUUCCAUGUUACAACAUAACUCUUUGGAAUGCCAGCCACUAUCUGAGGCCUUGCAGAGCAUUACCUUGAGACGGGACAAAACAGGGACCUGUACCCCUUCCCUCCCUCCACAGCACAAGAUUUCGGGACCACAAAAAAUAUAUAUCUAUAUUUUUGUAUUGGGGGGAGGGGAGGGAGUAGAAAAGCAGCCCCUAUACUGGGCCCUAUUCAGUGGCAGCUUCUUGUUCCAUAGGGUUAAGGAAGACUUUGAGGAAAUAAAAGUUGUUUGGAAAAAUCCA